UGCCAUCCCUGGCAGCGAAGACAACAAAAUUAAAGUUUGUUAUUUGGCAAAAUUAACAAUGUACACAUUGCUGCACGGCUUCUACAAAUACAUGACACAGAAGGAUGACUACUGCGUUGUGAUCCUGGGCCUGGACAAUGCGGGCAAAACGACCUACCUGGAGGCCGCCAAGACCAAGUUUACGCGGAACUACAAGGGCCUGAAUCCCAGCAAGAUCACCACAACGGUCGGCCUCAACAUCGGCACCAUCGAUGUGCAGGGCGUGCGGUUAAAUUUCUGGGAUUUGGGCGGCCAGCAGGAACUGCAGUCGCUGUGGGACAAGUAUUACCAGGAGUCGCAUGGCGUCAUCUACGUGAUAGACUCUAAUGAUCGCAAGCGUAUGGAGGAGUCCAAGAUUAUCUUUGACAAAAUGAUCAAAAACGAACUGCUCUCCGGCGUGCCUUUACUCAUUUUGGCCAACAAACAGGACUUGCCGGAUGUGAUGGGUGUGCGCGAGAUCAAGCCAGUGUUCCAGCAGGCGGGCGUCCUGAUCGGCCGUCGCGAUUGCCUAACCAUUCCAGUGUCCGCCCUCCACUGUGAGGGCGUUGACGAGGGCAUCAAGUGGCUGGUGGAGGCUAUAAAGCGGCAUGCGGUGGUAAGGCCACCGCGGGAAAACGAUUAAUCGCCCGGCAGAAAAUCGUGCGGGGGAUGGGCUUUAACUAGAAUUGUAUUUUUGUACCUUUUAAGGCUUUAGGACUACGCUUAUAUUUGUGUAAUUAGAUGGGGCGAGUUUUGUGAGAUACUACUAAUAAUUAUAUGCUGUUAUAAAUGCGGAAGA